UCUCAUCUUAUAUAAUCUUGGAAUAAUACUCUCACUGUUUUUUAUGUCAUAAAAUAGGAAACCCUAGCAAUAUUUAUAAAGAUAACCCAUCAAAACAUCAUAUCAUCAUGUCCUAGUGAAAGUUUAUUUCAUAGAUCUUCAAAUAAUUCUAGUCACCCAAAUCAGGAAAAACCUCUAGAUUCAUAAAAAUAAACAACACUACAAAAAAAAUGGAUCCUUAUAACAACAACCACCAAGAAUUAGAAAUCACAUCUAAUAAUAACAAUAUCAACAACAACCCUAGUGACCUUUUAGCAGCCGCUUCGUCGUCCAGCUCACCGACGGCUUCUUCGACGACUCCAAGUCGGUACCAAAACCAAAAACGUCGCGAUUGGAACACUUUUUGUCAAUACUUAAGAAACCAUCGGCCACCACUAACACUAGCCCGAUGUAGUGGUGCAAAUGUGCUAGAGUUUCUAAGGUAUCUUGAUCAAUUUGGCAAGACAAAAGUUCACUCACCCGUGUGUCCAUUUUAUGGCCACCCGAACCCACCGUGUCCUUGUCCUUGUCCUCUUAGACAAGCUUGGGGAAGUCUAGAUGCUUUGAUUGGUCGUCUAAGGGCUGCUUAUGAAGAAACUGGUGGUCAGCCUGAGACAAACCCUUUUGGUGCUCGAGCUGUUAGGCUUUAUCUUCGUGAAGUUCGUGAUAUGCAAUCGAAAGCUAGAGGGAUAAGUUACGAGAAGAAAAAGCGAAGGAAGCCGACUUCUUCUCAAGAAGAGGAUAAUAAAUCGUUUGCAAUAAAUAUGUCAUCAUCUUCUUCAUCAUCAUCGUUUCAAUGUUUUGGUCUUCCACCGGGUGAUCAUGUGUGAAAUAAUUAGCUAGCUAGGGUGUGGAGUAGUUUUCGUUUAUUAAUUAAUUAAAGCUGCUUAUCGGAUUAUUGCGUUUUGAUAAAUUGAAGCAAUU